AGGCGUUAUGGGUGCCGGGCAAUGAUGCUGGAGACGGUGGCGGCGGUGCCGGGGAUGGUCGGCGGCAUGCUGCUCCACCUCCGCUCCCUGCGCCGCUUCGAGCACAGCGGCGGCUGGAUCCGUGCUUUGUUAGAAGAGGCCGAGAACGAGCGGAUGCACCUGAUGACCUUCAUGGAGGUGACGAAGCCCCGUUGGUACGAGCGCGCACUGGUCAUCACCGUCCAGGGGGUCUUCUUCAACGCCUACUUCCUGGGAUACCUCCUCUCCCCCAAGUUCGCCCACCGCGUCGUCGGCUACCUCGAGGAGGAGGCCAUCCACUCCUACACCGAGUUCCUCAAGGACCUCGACGCCGGCAAGAUCGAAAACGUCCCAGCCCCCGCCAUCGCCAUCGACUACUGGCGCCUUCCCCCUGACGCCACCCUCAAGGAUGUCGUCAUCGUCGUCCGCGCCGACGAAGCACACCACCGCGACGUCAACCACUUCGCAUCGGAUGUUCAUUACCAAGGGAUGAACCUGAAGCAGACGCCGGCGCCGCUCGGGUAUCAUUGAAUUGCUGCUUCUGAGCUUGAUCUCUAUAAUGAGAUAAUGAAGGUACUAAAGAGAGAAGAACUGAACUGCAUAUGGCCUAUUAGUAAUAAAGUCUAUGCCAUAGAGUAUAUAGAGGCUUGUUUUGUUUUGUUGGAUUACUGACUACAUCUUCUUAUAAGGAUUUGAUGAUGUAUUGUGUAACCUGAUUCUUGUUUCAUUGAGUGGGUCUGUUCACAUAGAUUGCUAUCUUUCAUCUAUUUUUGGAGCAUGUAUAUAUUUAUUUGCUUCAUUCA